CCCGUUUUCCUGGUCUCUCUCCCUUCCUCUCUGACCACGAACGAACACGAGCGACGGAUUGAAACUGGCGAUUGGAAAAACAAAUACAUCCGGCCCCCCUUUGGUCUUUCUGUAUACAACUCUCACCGUCUCCCUACUCCGUAUAUUCGUUUCAAACACAUACGGACCGCCACACUGUCCCCUGUUAUCAUCUCCAGUGCACGGUCACUUCGCCGACUGCCGAAAUCCCAAAACUCAGCGACAGCCCAGCACCCGCCCGCAGCGCUAUCCUCGUCGGCCUCUUUCCCAGCGCGCGCGGGUCCCAUUCCCUACUGCUACAUCAUCACCUUCCAACACUCGAAUAAUCAACUCGGCGCUCCUCUUCAAUUGUCCUCGGCGCGGUUGCGCCAACAAUGUCUGUCAUGUUACAGACACCUUCCAGAGCUUCCACCGCCUCCUCCUCCUCCUUCCAGCCCAUAUCCCGCCAGAACACAAUGUCCUCCUACGACGGCUCGCGGUCUGCCCGCCAGUCCAAGCGGUACUCCAUGUCCGCCCUGUACAUGUCCAUGUCAGCAAACGAGUCGGACCUCGUGAUUGAAGAUGAACUUGCCAAAGCGCAAAAGACAUUGCGAGACCUGAAGGCCAAGAUCUCGUCGCAGUCAAAGAAGAACUUUGUGCUCGAAAAAGAUGUUCGGUACCUCGACUCGCGCAUCGCCCUGCUGAUUCAGAAUCGCAUGGCGUUGGAGGAGCAAAACGAAGUCGCUAGCCACCUCGAAGAUGCCGCCGAAAUGCAGGAGGGAGUCUUCCCCAACGACGACAAGACCCAGAGAUACGGAAACCUGCUGUUCCUCCUGCAGUCCGAACCCAGACACAUUGCGCACCUCUGUCGACUCGUCUCCAUGUCCGAGAUCGACUCUCUGCUGCAGACAGUCAUGUUCACCAUCUACGGAAACCAGUACGAAAGUCGCGAAGAGCACCUGCUGCUAACCAUGUUUCAGUCUGUCCUCACGUAUCAGUUCGACAACACGCCCGAGUACUCGUCGCUCUUGCGCGCCAACACCCCUGUUUCACGAAUGAUGACGACUUACACCAGAAGAGGUCCCGGCCAGAGCUUUCUCAAGGCAGUGCUUGCUGACAGGAUCAAUGGCCUGAUUGAGUUGAAGGACUUGGAUUUGGAAAUUAACCCGCUCAAGGUUUACGAACGCAUGAUUGAACAGAUUGAAGAAGAUACGGGCAGUCUUCCGGCUUCGCUGCCAAAGGGCAUCACGGCCGAACAGGCCGCCGAGAACCCCCAGGUUCAAGCCAUCAUCGAGCCGCGCCUGACCAUGUUGACCGAGAUCGCCAACGGAUUCUUGACCACCAUCAUCGACGGCCUCGAGGAAGCGCCCUACGGAAUCCGCUGGAUCUGCAAGCAGAUUCGCAGCUUGACCAAGAGAAAAUACCCAGACGCCAACGACCAGGUCAUUUGCACCUUGAUUGGUGGCUUCUUCUUUUUGCGCUUCAUCAACCCCGCCAUCGUCACGCCCAAGUCGUACAUGCUGAUCGACGGCACCCCGGCCGACCGCCCCAGGAGGACGCUCACUUACAUCGCCAAGAUGCUGCAAAACCUGGCCAACAAGCCAUCGUACGCAAAGGAACCCUACAUGGCCAAGUUGCAGCCGUUUGUCCUGCAAAACAAGGACCGGAUCAACAAGUUUAUGCUGGACCUGUGCGAAGUGCAAGACUUCUACGAGAGCCUCGAGAUGGAUAAUUAUGUCGCCUUGUCCAAGAAAGACCUGGAGCUGUCGAUUACCCUGAACGAGAUCUACGCCAUGCACUCGCUGAUUGACAAGCACAAGGGGGAGAUUUGCAAGGACGCGAAUUCUCACUUGUCCAUCAUCGUGAACGAGCUGGGCCCCGCGCCGCCGCAGGUGCCGAGGAAGGAGAACAGGGUGAUCAACCUGCCGCUGUUCAGCAGGUGGGAGACGGCGAUUGAUGACCUGACGGCCGCGUUGGACAUCACUCAAGAGGAGGUGUUUUUCAUGGAGGCCAAGUCGAUCUUUGUGCAGAUUUUGAGGACGAUCCCGGCCGGAUCCUCGGUGGCUAAGAGGCCGUUGAGGCUGGAGAGGAUUGCGGAUGCGGCAGCAACGAGCAAGAACGAUGCGGUCAUGGUGCGUAAGGGCAUCAGGGCGAUGGAGCUGUUGAGUCAGCUGCAGGAGCUGAAGGUGGUGGACAAGAGCGACGGGUUCAUGCUGUUACGCGAUGAAGUCGAACAGGAGCUGCAGCAUCUGGGGAGCCUGAAGGAGGGUGUUGAUCUCGAAACCAAGAAGCUGGAGGAGGUGUACAAGACGAUUAGGGAUCACAACUCGUACCUCGUCGGCCAGCUCGAAACAUACAAGAACUACCUGCACAACGUCAGGAGUCAGAGCGAAGGCACGAGACGAAAACAGCAGAAGCAGCAGGUUCUCGGACCCUACAAGUUCACACACCAACAGCUCGAAAAGGAGGGUGUCAUCCAGAAGAGCAACGUUCCGGACAAUAGGAGGGCGAACAUUUACUUUAACUUUACGAGCCCGCUGCCAGGAACCUUUGUCAUCUCGCUUCACUACAAGGGGCGGAAUAGAGGUCUGCUGGAGCUUGAUUUGAAGCUGGAUGACUUGCUGGAGAUGCAAAAGGAUAACCAGGACGAUUUGGAUCUCGAGUAUGUCCAGUUUAAUGUGCCAAAGGUGCUGGCCUUGUUGAACAAGAGGUUUGCGAGGAAGAAGGGGUGGUAGUUGAGUAAGGGGGGGGGAAAGGCGUUUUUGUUUUUUGAGGUUGACCGUUGAUACCACUGUCGCUCUGUUUUCUUUUCCCUUUUUCUUUUUCUUUUUUUUUUUUUUUUUUGCGUUUUGGUUUUGGUUUUCUGGUGACGAUUGCUUCAGCUGCACAUUUGGUCUUUUUUAUGCUUUUCCACUCGCGCACGGUUCUUAACCUGCGUCCACGGCGAUGUUUUUUUUCUUUCCUUCCUUGUCUUCUGCUUUUAACGAUGUGAUACCUUAGCCAUGGGACCUACUUGCGUAUUAUACAGUCUUUGUGGUCAGCUGGCUGAUAUCUAAUCUAAUUUAUGGAGGGGUGGUUCAGAUUGGGGGUUGUUGGGGGUGGUGAUGGUGGUGGGUAAUGAGGACGAUACACACUUGAGGGCUGAAUGAUAUAAAUUACACACACACACACACACACACACACACACACACACACACACACA